UCUGCAUCCCGCGAGCAUCCUGACGCGCGACUAAGAACGCACGCAACAAUCGGCGUCUUUAACAAUUUUCUUCUCCGUUAAUUGUCCUUCCACAAUUAAUUAUCGAGUGUCGUUCAAAUAUGUAUUUGUUGUGACUGUAUUUAUUGUUGGUUAUUUAUUUAUUUAUUUAUUUAUUUUUGACUCAUUAUUGGACUUCUUUUAAUUAGUUUUGUGAUGGAUUUUUCGAUGUAAUUGUGACACUAAAAACUGUUUAAAAGACAAGUUUUCUAAUCCAAUAAAUCGAUCCCCGUCGCAUUUUAAAAACACAGUUUCAGGACGAGACGGGAUCCGGGUCCAAAAAUUCGAACACGUGGAAAAACCGAGCGUGUAUCAUGGCAGAUCUGCACGUGCCCUUGAAACAAGUGAUGGAACGACACAAGGAGAUGGUCAGGUAAACAGAACACGUGGAUCGUUUUCCAUCAAAAAAUGGAGAACACGAGCUGCGUAGACGAACCGUACGGUAACUUCUCCACCAUCUUCGGCCAGACGGACGUGCCGGAAUGGGAAGCUCUACUGACCAUCGGCACCCUCAGCCUACUCAUUUUACUGACCAUCAUCGGCAACGUACUGGUGGUUUUGAGCGUCUUCACCUACAAACCGUUGCGGAUCGUCCAGAAUUUCUUCAUUGUCUCGCUGGCGGUCGCCGACUUGACGGUGGCGAUUCUGGUGCUACCUUUGAACGUCGUUUACUCGGUUUUGGGACGAUGGACGUUCGGAAUAGACAUUUGCAAAAUGUGGUUGACGUCCGACGUGCUCUGUUGCACCGCUUCGAUACUCAAUCUUUGCGCCAUCGCCCUCGACAGGUUCUGGGCCAUAACGGAUCCAAUCAACUACGCCCAAAAGCGUACUCUUAAGCGAGUGUUACUCCUAAUCGCCGGCGUCUGGAUCCUCUCCCUCCUCAUCAGCUCACCACCUCUGAUCGGAUGGAACGAUUGGCCCGAGCCGGCCGAAUUCGAGAUGAAGCAAGAGUGCACCCUCACCCGAAUACAAGGCUACGUGAUCUACUCCUCCCUCGGCUCGUUCUUCAUACCCCUGUUCAUCAUGACCAUAGUGUACGUCGAGAUUUUCAUAGCGACGAAACGGCGACUUAGAGAGCGGGCGCAGGCGUCGAAAAUCAACGCCAUCUCCAAGAACCAAUCGACGAUGACACCAAGGGAACGACAACCAGACCAGGAGUCGGUGAGCAGCGAGACCAACCACAACGAACACGCCGAACUGAACGGCAAGGCCAAAGAGAAGAAGCAGAAGAAGAAGAAGAGGAAGUGCGGAGAGAGCAACGAGAACAACACGCACCUGAAGCCGAUUCUGUCGCACGAGGACUCCCUGACCGACAAUCCGGAGACGUCGUCGAUCUCGCGCCGGAACUCGAACCCGUGCACGUCGGACGCCAAGGCGGCCACGAUCAGCGCCCCGACAACGAUAACGAUAGCCAACUCGAGGGAGAGCCCGAAGGUGGUGCUGAACGAGGGGGGUGCGACGAAGAAGCCCGGCUUCGUCUAUCAGUUCAUCGAGGAGAAGCAGCGCAUCUCGCUGUCGAAGGAGCGACGGGCGGCCAGGACCCUGGGCAUCAUCAUGGGGGUGUUUGUGGUGUGUUGGCUGCCGUUUUUCCUCAUGUACGUCAUCCUGCCUUUCUGUUCGGUUUGCUGUCCGUCUAGGAGGGUGGUUAACUUCAUUACGUGGCUCGGUUAUAUCAAUUCUGUGCUCAAUCCGAUUAUUUACACUAUUUUUAACAUGGAUUUCAGGAGAGCUUUCAGAAAACUCUUAGGAAUGAAACCAUAAAUUACAAAUUAUUUUACGGUGAUAUCAAACCAAAAAUUUAUUAUUAGUUGUUUAAAUAAUAUUUUCCUGGCUUCAUGAUAUUAACAGCAUCGAUAUUAAUCACUUUAUGAACGUUCUUGUAAAAAAAAAAAACUCAAAGAACAUGUUUCGAAAUGAAGUGACUUCAAUGCGAAAACCUACUCUAAAGAUUUGUAUCAUUUUUAUUCAGCAGAAAUAUAAAACGAAAGAUAAAAAAUAUCGUCCCGCAUUUAAUUCCAUUAAUUCCCAUUCAAACUUUCCUCCUACAUUCAAAUAUCACUCGGACGUUAAAAAUUAAUUACUAAUUUUUCUCGGUUUCAUUUGUACAUUUCCAGAAUAAAUAAAUAUAUGUAUUAAAAUAGCACGGUUAUAUUUCAUAAUAUUUGGUUUGUUACCGCUAAAAAAUUUAUGAUACAUGCACAGAUCUCCCCUAAUAUUUUUUAAAUUUUUAUUCGAGUCUAAAAAACUAUUAAAAAAACUAGACGUAUAAAAUUACAAAAGUCCGUCGUCAACUAGAUAUAUCGUAUUCCCGUGUUUUUUAUUAAAGACUGACUGUAGAUAUUAAAAUUGAAGUUCGCUUCUUAAAACACUCUUGUAAAUAAGUUCUUCGUCUCCGUGCGGAAACACGAGAAACCACCAAAACACGAUUAAUAAAUUUUAAUUUAUAAUAACAAUAAGGAUAAUCGUGUGAGGUAACCCGCAUGUAAAUAGCCAUAAUUUGUCGUCGUUGUUUCCGCUCGUUCCAGUCGCUAGAAGUCUGUAAAUAUGCGAUAAAACGUAGGUGUAAUAAUUCGAUGAGAAAAAGUAGUUAGACCAUUCCAUUCGUCCUCGAUCUGCCCCGAAGGCGGCUGAGCCCUUCGUCAUCGGGGCAACGUUCGAUGCGUUGUUGUUGUAAAUUUUAAAUAAAAAAUUUAAUUAUAUUAAAUUAUAUGUGGAAUCAAAAUUGUUGUUGGUUCGUUUGUCACGCUUGAGGUUUGCUCUGCAGGAACAAACGAAGGAUGUUUUUUAUGGUGCUAUGAUGUUUUUAGAUUAGACGAAACGUUCCUCGAGAUUCGGACGUGGCAAACGAUACUUUUUAUGGAUGUAACAUAUUCGCUUUUAAACGACAUACCAAAUAAAUGAAUUGUUAGAUCUUAAUUAGGCUAGUGUUAAUUUUUACUAUGUGAUACUUAUAAAUAAAUUAAAUGAAUCGAUUAGACUCUAGUUAGGUAAAUAAUACGUAGGAUAAUAAAUUAUUAUUUAUUGAUGAUUGUAAUAUAAGUAGAUGAAGUUUGUUGUUGACUAAUUGUGUUUUGUUUUUGUUUCAUCUCAUUUUAUCUAAACAUUCAGUUUUUGACGUUGGUGUUUUCAAUUCAAAUUAGCAGGUUGGAAAAUUCAUGUUAUCAUCGAGGAAACAAGCAGGAAAUGUACAGUGUCAUAUUUUUUAAUGUAAAAAUGUUCGAAAAGAAUAAAAUGGAUUUCUAUU